AUGGUUCGUCCAUUUCCUUACCCUAUAACAGACCAUUUCCAAUCCCUUCCGUUAAGCAUUGGCAUUUUCGUGUCCGUGUUUGCUCUCGUUGCACUAUGUGCAAGGCACGGCACCACAAGAUCUCCAAGGUCAUCGAAUAGGUACGACAACAACAAUCUAUACGAGGAGAAGGGCGCAAAGAAAACAUCCAAUGCAUCUACGACGAUAAGUUUGAAGACACCACCAAGGUCUCCCUUGGCCAACCCUAAGAAACUCUUGUCAAACAUAAGCAACAUCAAGACGUACAAUAAAAACAACGAUGAUUGCAAGGAAAUUGACCAAAAGGAAGGGUUCGGCGAAGGAGGGUUAUGGCAAAAGGAAAUUCUAAUGGGAGAAAAAUGUCAACCUCUUGAAUUUUCAGGCGUGAUAUAUUAUGAUAAUUAUGGGACUAAAAUUUCGCAACCUCCGCCGAGGUCUCCUAGAGCUAGCGUUGCUAGUAGUUGGCAAGGGAGCAUGUCAUCAUUCCCGGCUUCAAGUCGAUCUAGCUCGGACACUAAUAAUUAA